AUGACAACCCUAUUCACCCCCCUCAAAGUCGGCCGUGUGCAACUCUCACACCGCAUCGCCCUCGCACCCCUAACCCGCUUCCGCAACGACGAAACCACGCACGCGCCCAUCGUACCGCUCGUAAAAGAGUACUACUCCCAACGCGCCUCCGAACCAGGCACAUUACUCAUCUCAGAAGCAACCCUCAUCUCCCCGCAGGCCGGCGCAUACACCUACGCACCCGGUAUCUGGUCAGACGAGCAAAUUGCAGCAUGGAAACAAGUCACCGACGCCGUACACGAAAAGGGGUCUUACAUCUAUUCGCAAUUAUGGGCGUUGGGGCGAACCACAGACCCCAAUGCCAUGAGAGCUCAACCCGGCGGCGAGAAAUUCGACGUCGUGAGCAGUAGCGCCGUCUCUCUGGGCGAGGGCCACGAAACGCCUCGCGCGCUUACAGAAGACGAAAUUCAGCAAUACAUCAAGGACUAUGCCACCGCGGCCAAGAAUGCAGUUGAGCGUGCGGGCUUCGAUGGCGUCGAGAUUCACGGCGCAAAUGGGUAUUUAAUUGAUCAAUUCAUCCAAACGACCGCCAACCAGCGCACGGAUCAAUGGGGCGGUAGUGUCGAGAACAGAUCCCGCUUUGCGCUAGAAGUUGCGAAAGCAGUCAUUGAAGCGGUAGGCGCGGAUCGUACGGCAAUCAGAUUCAGCCCCUUUAGCACGUUCCAGGGUAUGGGCAUGCCGGACGGCGAACGCGAGGAGACUUUCUCCUAUCUCGCACGGGAAUUCGCUAAAUUGCGUAUUGCGUAUGUGCAUCUUGUCGAACCGCGAAUCAACGGAAACACGGAUGUCGAGAAUCCCACUGGAUCACUCCAGUUCUUCAUCGACGCAUACGCCGAUGCGUCACCCUUGGUGUUGGCGGGAGGCUACAAAGCCGAUAAUGCAAAGGAGGCAGUUGACACGCGGUAUAAGAAUCAUCCAGUGAUUCUUGCAUUCGGAAGGCCGUUCAUUGCGAAUCCAGAUUUGCCGUUUAGGUUAAAGAAGGGGCUUGAGUUUACGCCGUAUAACAGGGAGACGUUUUAUAAUGCGAAGGAGGCCAGAGGGUAUACGGAUUAUCCGUUUAGUGAGGGAUUUGCUGUGAAUGUCAAGGCUUGA